UUUGAGUAUUUUAAUAGUUUUGGCGAAGAAAUAUAAUUGGCAUUCGGCUAUUUAAAAUAAUAUUAAAAAAUAAUACGUUUGUGCAUCAAAGCAGAAUAAUAUAUUGGUGAAGUAAUUUCUGUUUUAGUAGUAAGGAAUUAUUAUAUAUUUUAGUCUAUUUAAAACUGAAUUUGAGGAAAACAAAAUUAUUAAUAUAAAAUGAAGGAUUCGGACGUACCGGAUACUGAUGUAAUAUUCGGACAUAGAGUCUGUCAGACGGCCAAAGCGAAAUGGCUAUGUAUCGAUAAUAUUUAUCAAAAGCUUCACCGACCUAAUUUAUAUGACAUCGGUGGCACUUAUGCAGAAGAUGUUGCAGACUACUGGUUCAUAUAUAGAACCGAAAUGAUUGCUGAUAUACAUUUAUUACACCUCUUCAUUAACAAUCGCACUGGAGGCUCAUUCGAUGUGUCUGUCAGCAGCAGCAAUGAUUUAUCAUUUAAAAAGAAACAUAACCAGGCCUUUCUCACAUCAAAUCUCAAAACAUAUAAAUUCGAUAAUCGUAAAGAAAUGUCACAAAACUAUGUUAUAACCUAUGAUUUCUCUGUAAUAGAUAUUGAAAUGUUGAUGAAUAUGAAAUUUUACAUAGCAGUAUCAUUUGGACAUAAAUUAUCUCCCCAGAGCUUAUCUGAUAGAGUAUCUACAAUUUAUAACUUUAAGCCUUUGUUAAAUGAUCCACUAGGCUCAGAUUUUGUCAUAGAAUGUGCAGAUGGAGCUAAAUUCAAUGUUCACAAAAUUCUACUUAGCACCAACAGUGAGGUGUUUAGAGCAAUGCUUAAAGAAAACACAGCUGAGAGUCAAAACAGUUAUUUGAAAAUGGUUGAUGUGGGUAAAGAGGACCUCCAGUAUAUUUUGGAAUUUAUUUACACAGGCAGUAUAGAAGAUAUUGAAAAUGCCAAUUUUUUUAACCUUUUAACAUUAAGUGAAAGAUAUGAUCUUGCUAGCCUAAAAGAACUCUCUGAACAUGUUCUUGCUGGUCAACUUACGAUAGACAAUUGUAUUGAAACUCUAGCUGUGGCCGAUUUUCAUAAUUCUGAGGGCUUAAAAUUGACAGCAUUAAAAUUUAUAAAAUGCAAUAAAAUUGCCAUCCACAGUGAGAUGUUCCAAGAACUCAACAAUGUUGAAUUAAUCAAAGAACUUUGUCAAUUUCUUGUACCUUGUUUAUAAAUACUGUAUAUAAAUCUUAUGUCUAUUAUUUAUUUUUAUUGAUAAUACUUUUUUUAUAUGAUAUUAUGUUAUGCAAUGCUUGUAAAAAAUAUAGAAAAUGUAUACAUGUAACUUAAAAUAAACUUUAUUGAAUUUAAAA